AAAGCUCUCUCUUCAAGCAAUAUUGCGUCCUUCUGCACCAGACACCUCCGGGGAGCCGGAGCCAGGCUGUGUGGGCCAGUUCUUAGGAACCCAGGACGGAGACGGGGCGUGGAGAGGAGCGACCAGGGACGCGGCCGCAGCGCCAGGCGCGCUGGAAGUGCAGGGGACGCGCCUGCGGUGUUUGGUUGCCGCACCCCUGACCUCUGGUUUUAGCUGGGAACUUGGGCAGAGGAGUGAUUGGUGAACCAAAACACUGACCAGCAGCCGGGGACAAACCGGUGAUCUCCGGGGUCCUCCCGCCCUCUCCCUUGUCCGCUCCAUGCCUAAGAGCUGCUCUCCGAGGCUUGAGCGAGGAGAGCCAUGGGGGAUCGGUGCACCCCGCUGCCGCCUGUGGGCUCCCUGACAGGGGUUCCUCAGGACAACUUCUCCUCUGCCCCCUCCCACAACUGCAGCGCCAAGGACGACAUCUACCAGGACUCCAUCGCCCUUCCCUGGAAAGUCUUGCUGGUCGUGCUGCUGGCACUGGUCACCUUGGCCACUACGCUGUCCAAUGCCUUUGUGGUCGCCACGGUGUACCGAACCCGAAAACUGCACACGCCGGCCAACUAUCUGAUCGCCUCCCUGGCGGUCACCGACCUGCUCGUGUCCGUCCUGGUGAUGCCCAUCAGCACCGUGUACACGGUCACCGGCCGCUGGACGCUGGGCCAGGCGGUCUGCGACUUCUGGCUGUCGUCGGACAUCACCUGUUGCACUGCCUCCAUUCUGCACCUAUGUGUCAUCGCACUGGACCGCUACUGGGCCAUCACGGACGCCGUGGAGUACUCAGCGAAGAGGACUCCGCGGAGGGCGGCGGGCAUGAUCACCCUGGUGUGGGUCUUCUCCAUCUGCAUCUCGCUGCCGCCCUUCUUCUGGCGCCAGGCCAAGGCCGAGGAGGCGGUGUGCGUGGUGAACACCGAGCACAUCCUCUACACCGUCUACUCCACGGUGGGCGCCUUCUACUUCCCCACCCUGCUCCUCAUCGCCCUCUACGGCCGCAUCUACGUGGAAGCCCGCUCCCGCAUCCUGAAGCAGACGCCCCACCAGGCCGGCAAGCGCCUGACCAGAGCGCAGCUGAUCACUGACUCCCCCGGGUCCACGUCCUCGGUCACGUCCACCAACUCGCGGGCUCCCGACGCGCCCAGCGAAUCCGGCUCCCCCGUGUACGUGAACCAAGUCAGAGUGCGAGUCUCCGACGCCCUGCUGGAGAAGAAGAAGCUCAUGGCCGCCAGGGAGCGCAAGGCCACCAAGACGCUGGGCAUCAUCCUGGGCGCCUUCAUCGUGUGCUGGCUGCCCUUCUUCAUCAUCUCCCUGGCCAUACCCAUCUGCAAGGAUGCCUGCUGGUUCCACCUGGCCAUUUUUGACUUCUUCACGUGGCUGGGCUAUCUCAACUCCCUCAUCAACCCCAUCAUCUACACCAUGUCCAAUGAGGACUUUAAGCAAGCCUUCCACAAACUGAUACGCUUUAAGUGCACAAGCUGACUUGCCAAGGGCAGUGGGGU